UUUUUUUAAUUAAAGGUGACUUAUAUAUUUACACACAGAUACGGAAAAAGAAACACUCCCAACAGAGAAACAAAACAAAAACAAACAAACAAAAAAGACAGAAGAAAAACAUCGAAUUGAGUUUGAUUACACAGAUUUAGAUGGUCAUUUUGCGCUCCCAUUGAAACAGAAGAGUUGUUAAUAUUUUGACUGUGAAUCCAAAUAAACAUUCAAAUGAUAUCUGCUGGCAAUGGUGAACAUCCUGGUAUUGUUGAGGAACCUAUGGGUAAGGCUCUGAAUGUUUCAACAUCCCAAAGGGAAGUUGUAAGUAAUGAAAAUUGUCAAAGUGCUAUACCCGAAAGGCUAAAACCCCUCAACUCUGAUAAUUUGGGUUCUCCAUCGGCAAAGUUUGAUCAGAUAGGUGAUCGAAGAGAUGAGUUUACUCCAACUCUACCUUCUUCUAGACCCCAUCAUCUCCGUCAACGUAUUACUAAACUAUUUUCACGGAAAUUGGAUUGGGCAUCUAUUAGGAAAAUGUGCGCAGAGUGGUUCAAAAAACCGCUGAAUAUUCUACUGUUUAUCUGGAUUGCAUGUGUAGGUGUUUGUAGUGUAAUUAUGCUUCUUCUGAUAACGGGGGCUUUGAACCAUGCCCUCCCUAAGAAAUCUCAGAGAGAUACAUGGACUGAAGUGAUUAACCAAAUUCUUAAUGCAUUGUUUGGUCUGUUAUGUCUUUACCAGCACCCAAAAAGGCUAUCUCACUUGAAUCUUUUAUUGCGAUGGAGGCCAGAAGAUAUUUCCACGCUCAGAAGCGCUUAUUGCAAAAAUGGUACUUAUAAGCCCAAUGAAUGGAGACACAUGAUGGUGGUUGUCGUAUUACUGAAUCUCAACUGUUUUGCUCAAUAUGCUGUUUGUGGGCUUAAUUGGGGUUUCAAGAGAUCAGAAAGACCAGCUACUUUGGUAGGCAUAUGUGUCUUAGCUGCAGUUCUUUCACCUGCCAUUGCUGGACUUUACUGUACGCACAGCUCUCUAGGAAAAGAUUAUGAUACUGAGUUAGACGAGGAAUCACAAGCUCAAAAAAUAGCUGCCGAGAGCAGCAGUGGUAGCCAACCGAGAAGAAUACCAUUGGAAAAGAGAUUUUCUUUUGCAUCAGAUAAAGGGAGAGUUGUUGAAACUAGACCACAAUGGAGUGGAGGUAUUCUUGAUUUUUGGGAUGAUAUUUCUACGGCAUGUCUGUCUUUGUUCUGCUGUUUUUGUGUUUUUGGUUGGAAUCUGGAGAGACUUAGGUUUGGAAAUAUGUAUAUUCAUAUUGCUACUUUUCUGCUCUUCUGUAUGGGUCCUUUCUGGAUCUUCAAUUUGGCUGCUGUUAAUAUUGACAGUGAUUCUGUUAAGAAGGUAUUAGGAGCUACCGGAGUUGUUCUUUCUCUGUUUGGGUUACUCUACGGUGGAUUUUGGAGGAUUCGGAUGAGAAAAAGAUACAAUUUGCCUUCCUACAAUACUUGUUGUGGUAAACCUGAUGUUGCUGAUUGUGCACUAUGGCUUUUCUGUUGUUGUUGCUCUCUUGCUCAGGAAGUAAGGACUGCAAACUCCUAUGACAUCGUCGAGGAUAAAUUUUGUAGGAAACAUGAAAAUAUAUCACCAUUGCCUCGUGAGGAUGGGCGAUAUACGCAUACUUCAGCUACUCCACUUCCAACAAUACCAAGCCCCAGCAGAUUUGCAGAGGAACUUCAUAGUCCUGAUAGAAACGAGAGAGGUCAAAAUGUGAUAAUCAUACCACCUUCUCCUUCAGUUAUACAAAGAGAAGAGGACAACCUCAACCAUAAAUUGUAAGCUAUAGGUAUGUUGUAUUUCUAUAUGUUGUACAAGUGCUGAUUCUGAUCAUAUAUUAUUCUCUGUAAUAAUGUUGCACUGCCCUGAUUCUUUGACAUUUUUAGUCGAGUGUUUUUAUCACUUCCAAUUUUUAAAAGAUGUUAUUUUCUAAA